UCCUGGUGGCCCAUCAUGGCCUCAGGGUCCGCUCCUCAACACCCCGGGGGCCCACAGCUGCACCCCCACAACACUGGGGGCCCACAGCUGCACCCCCACAACACUGGGGGCCCACAGCUGCACCCCCACAACACUGGGGGUCAACAACUGGACCCCCACCACACCAGGGGCCACCAACUGGACCCCCACCACACCAGGGGCCACCAACUGGACCCCCAUCACACCAGGGGCCACCAACUGGACCCCCAUCACACCAGGGGCCACCAACUGGACCCCCACCUACACAGUGGCAUUGUGGGAGGCUGCGGCAGUGUCGGGUCUUCAGGUGCGGAAGGCUGCGGCAGUGUCGGGUCUUCAGGUGCGGAAGGCUGCGGCAGUGUCGGGUCUUCAGGUGCGGGAGGCUGCGGCAGUGUCGGGGCUUCAGGUGCGGGAGGCUGCGGCAGGUGCGGCCAGGCACUCUCUAUCUUCUUCAACAAGCGGGUGAGGUGCGGCGGUGGAUGCCAGCUGGCCGCCUGUGGCAAGUGCGCUCCCUGGAACACUGCGGCCGGCGCACACGUCUGUGCAGUCUGCGCCGCAGCCGCAGCCCACCAGGUCUGGCCGCAGGAAGCUCAAACCCCCACAGUUGAUCAUGCUGCCAGUGUGGAGGUGAAGAGACUCUCAGAGCAGGCCAAGUGGGACCUGCUGCUCUACUACUACUGCUACUGUUAUGGUGAGCAGGAGCUGCCUCCUGCUGCUGCUGCUGCUGCUGCCCCUGCUGGUGACCCUGCUGGUCCUCCUGCCCCUGCUGGUGACCCUGCUGGUGACCCUGUUGGUCCUCUUGCCCCUGCUGGUGACCCUGCUGGUGACCCUGCUGGUGACCCUGCUGGUGACCCUGUUGGUCCUGCUCCUGCCCCUGCUGCUGCCAGUACUGUUCCUUCUCCUAUUGGUGGAGCUUGUGAGACCUGGGAGGUGGUGAGGUCCAGCGCCGGCCCUGGGGCUACCCCAGCCCCCACCCCAGCCCCCCACCACGCCAUGAUCCUCCCUUGUCAGAUGGAGCGGUACGACCCGGCCAGCACCCGCCACACGCCCGGGUACGACCCGGCCAGCACCCGCCACACGCCCGGGUACGACCCGGCCAGCACCCGCCAAACGCCCGGGUACGACCCGGCCAUCUCACCCGAGACACCUGUGGAAGACUUCAACUCCCACACGUACGAGGACAUCCUUGCCACAGCUAUUCUUAACAAGGUUUUGGAAACAUGUGAGGAAGGUCGGCCAGAUGAAGUGACGAUUGAGGUCAGCCAUGACGUUGCAAGCACAGACACGGACAGUGGCAUGUCAGGUGGUGUGAAGGAGAGUCGUCGAGGUCGACACAAACGAGGUGAGGUGAGUGAGGGUGGGUCAGAGGGCAGUGAGGAGAGGUCACUGACCCCACUGCACCAUCCAGCCCACAGACCGCCCACUGUCAGUCCUGACCAAGGUGUGGUCACUGAUGACUGCUGGGGCAAUGCAGUCACUGGUGAUGGUGCGCCUUUACAGUUUAAGAUUGAAGAACAUGUUGAGGAAAUCACUACUCAUCAUCUGACAGAUGACGACCAGGACCUGGAAGGCAUCUACGAUGAAGAAAUAAGUGACUCUGGUGGGUCAUGGCGAGGUUCUCGUUGUUCCUUGGAUGACUCGAGAGAGACAAGACGUCACAAGGUCUCUCACCAUUCCGUGACAGAAGAUCCUCUGUUGUCAACCAUUAAUGCUGUACUUCCCGACCCUGCCCAGAUCUCCUCCAGAAGGGCUUCCUUCCCUGAACUUGGUGCUGAUAUUAUACAAGAUUCUUGUUUGGAUGUAGAAUGCUGUGAAGUUGGCCCUUGCGACAUGGUGCUGGACUCUGACACUUGGGAAGAGAACUGGCUCUUCCGUCGGCAGCGGCUCACUGGUGCUUCUGUUGUUGAUCCUGUCACCAUGCUGAUCCCUAACCCUGAGGCACAUGUUCCAGCUACUGUGGGAAACAGUGCACAGUUAACUUUGUGGAAAAUAUCAAGUGAUAUUCUGAAGGAAAAUAUAUCAAGCAAAUACUUUGUCAUUUAUGCAGGAGAGAUUGUGGCAGAAUUUGCUCAGCAAGACCAGGAGUACACGGUAGACUAUAGUGUCCCUAGUCGAGUGACAGCAGCAGCAACUGGAGCACACAGCAAUAAGCAUCUGGCAUCUCCUUACUCUUUACCUACAUCAUCUCAAAAGUCUCCAGAAGCACAACACUUGACUCGUUUUCUGUAUGCAAAUCAAGAGGAAGUCUUAAGAAACUAUCAUGAUGGAAAAGCUGUGCAAGGCAUACGAAAUCCCGGAAUUACUGAAAAAUCACACAUUGAUUCGGAUUUUGUAUUUGAGGGUGAGAGGCCAGUACCAAAACCCAGGAAACUUUCAUUAGCUACAACACAUGCUUCCAAGAUACCUGCCAAGUCCCCUGUGCAGCUGCUCUUAUCUUCAGUAGAAGACUUGACCAUUUUAAGCCCACCACUGGAGAUUCCACAUCCUAAGAAUGCGUCCAGUAAAAGUGAAAGUGUGUGGUUUGUUGAAACUCCAGAAGACUGUGUAAUAAUGCAGGGACGCACACUACGUCUCUCUUGCCAAGUUAAUGCUAAGAAACCCAUGGGUGUAAGCUGGUACCACAAUGGUUCUCUUGUGCCUGUGGGUGGUUGUGACCAGUGGGCAUACCGGCGGGGCCCCAGCCAUCACCUGCACGUGUAUGACAUGAAAGCUGCAGCAGCGGGCGUGUAUGCUGCUGCUGCUUAUACAGCCACCAAUUGUGUGUGGGCAUUUUGUAGAGUACAACAUAAAGCAAAUUCACGGCCUCCAAAGCGUCCGACAUUUACCAAGGGGCUCGUGGAUAUGACUGUUGAAGAGGGGGGAGAAGUGAAUGUACAGUGUCAAGUGCAAGGUCACCCAGAACCUAGAGUCAUCUUCUCUAGAGACUCUCGCACACUUGAGCCUUCAUCUAGACUUGCAAUACAGAGUGAUCAAUAUGGCACUUGGAUGUUGCGUCUGAUUGAAUGUACUGCAGCUGACAGUGGCGAGAUCACUGCCACUGCUCUCAAUGCAAUGAGCACUGUAAUUACCCAGUGCCGCAUAAGAGUCGUUCCAGAGGGUACUCCCAUUUCCCAUCAAGACCACACUGAUUCUGGGAGGCUGCACUCAAGUUUACAAACAGAUAAACAGCAAGAUCCUCGGCCAGGUGGCAGACACAUCUGCAAGAAACACAACCCCGGCUCUCACUCACCCAACUCCCUUCCGUCAUCCUCCGACAACCUACUAACCUCUGCCAAAACACCUGCUGCAUCACAUCAAGGAAAUUUAACUAAAUCUUCAGGUGUUAACACAGAUGCUGGUGAUGUGGAUGAUAUUCAACAGGUUCCCACUCGACCAGGUAUACCUGUAAAGGACAUGUGCAUCUGUACAUAUUUAUCUAGUAUAAAUAAUGAGCAUGUUAUAAAUGAUAACAAAGUAACUACAGAGGGAAACACUGAUAUUAGUGGAGCUUGUACAUGUAGAGUGCAUGCCAUGAAUGACCUUUCGCAGACUCUAGAUUAUUGUGGCAUAUUAGACAAUUCUACAGCUGGCAAGGUCAAUAAUGAUGCACUGGCAGCUUUGUCCAUAAAUGAAUUUGCAAACUUGGAUAAUCUACAAGAAAAGUUUAGUAAUUCCUCCUCUCCUCUUUUAAUGGAAUCCCACAACCUUACCUUGACAAGGAUAAUUUCUUCGUCUAGUUCUCCGCUUGGUGCAGUUGAUCUUAGCCUGGACUAUAACCCCUCUAGCUAUGGUGAUGUUGGUUCAUCUUCUGAGAAAGAGAGACUUCCAUUGGAAGAAUUAUCUGGUUUAACAUAUCCUUCCUCUUCAGCUCCUGUAGUCGAAAAUCUUAAAACUAAUGUAGAGCUCCUGGUAAGCCGCAGCGCCUCGUUCCCUAUGAUUACUGACCCGCCGCAUGCCUUUAGCAUUCUCAAGAACCAUCACCACGAGCACGAAGAGACCCGUGAGUGUGAUAAGCCUGCUUCUUCCUUCGCCUCAUUCUCUCUAACUGCUGACCCGCCGCAUGCCUUUAGCAUUCUCAAGAACCAUCACCACAAGCACGAAGAGACCCGUGAGUGUGAUAAGCCUGCUUCUUCCUUCGCCUCAUUCUCUCUAACUGCUGACCCGCCGCAUGCCUUUAGCAUUCUCAAGAACCAUCACCACAAGCACGAAGAGACCCGUGAGUGUGAUAAGCCUGCUUCUUCCUACCUGGCCCCUCCACCAACCUUGCCAGGGACAAUUGCAGAGAGAGAGCAUCGCAAAUGGGAGGCUGCAGUGUCCUUACCCAACAACCCUUAUGCUCCAGAGCGUCUGGUCCAACGUCUUUCUCAUGCCCACGCGCCUGAACGUAACCCGCCACUUCGCCGUGCUCUCAGUGUAGAAUUUCCUGAGGAGGGUGGGAAAGAGCUGGAUCCCAGUCUGCGUGAUGGAGUGCCACCAAAGCCAGACCUUAACAGGUACAGCCGCGACUAUUACGUGACAACUACUAGUGGCAAGACUUCCUCUCUAAACUUCAGACACCAGAAAUGUCAGCAACAGGCACAGCAGCAGCAGGACAACCAACUCCAGAAGGGACGUCAACAAAAGCUAUACAAAAGUGAAAUAAUGUUAUCAGCCAAUGGGCAUCAGGCAAGAACACCAACAUCGCUGGAUCAUUCUACAUAUGUUGAGGAUCCAAUACACAUAAUUGAUGGUGGACUACAGAAAGCCAAUAAAAGCAGCAGUGAGGCAACUUUACACCAACUAAGAAGUUUGGAAGUGGAGUCGUCCCAUCCCAGUGACUGGAAGAAUGAGCUUAGGGAUAUUCAGGCUGCACGUGUAGAACGGGAGGUAGCCAGAUUUCAAAGAACAAUUGAUGAAACUCAACGGAGGUGGGAGGAAAAUUACGCACGUCAUAUUCCUCGAAGUGUCCAUGCCAACGCACAGUCUGACAGCUCCACAGAAGUUCUCCACAACCCACGUGUUGAUGUAUACUUGGUUCCUCGUCGUCAUGACUUAUGGCGGACAGUGAGUGAGGACACCAUCGCAGCUCAGCCCAGAGAAAGACCCUUUCUUCAACCAUUCUUGAGGCACACAAGUGCUGAUAACCUGCAGCCUAUGGCCAAAGUCUCCAACCUACAUAACCUGGGGUCAGCUCCCCAACACAGCUCGAGAAGCAUGAAUUCCAUGAGCAGUAUGAGCAAUGUUAACAUAAACAGUCUAACUGGCCUAGGUAAACGAGGUAAUUACCUUCAUCAUUCAAAAUUUGGAAGAUCAGUAGAGAGUGUGAGUACGUACAGUGAUGGUGAAAGUCAUGGUGAAGGAAUGGAGAGCGAUGUUUCCACACGCACACUAGAUGACGUACCUGCUCUGCCCUCUGUUAGAAAACUAGCCUCCAAGUUUGAUCUCGCCAGCCAGGAGAGAGUGAAUGAUUUAGACAAACGUGGAAGGGAUAAGUCUCUCUCAUCCUAUGGGAAUAAGAACAUCUUGGCUGAAAAGUGGAGCCCAGGCGACCAAGUACACAGACGCAACCUCACUAACAACCUUAAUAAGCAGACAGAGAAGCCAUAUGUUGUUAAAGAGGUAAGGUCUUUGCCUAGUGGGGAAGAUUCCCAUCCAGCAACAGAGACUGAUAUGUUUAAUAGCGAUGUAGACAGCACUGAAUUUGACGACGAGGCUACAGUUACCAGUGUUAGUCUACCACCAACUCCUGGCUCGCUUAGUGAUAAACGCAGCUUAAGUACGCCCAGCCUAAUAGACACCGACUCCUGCUUUUCAGUGGACAGUAGGGACUCAAAUAUGACUGCUUCAUAUAACCAAUUUAGUGAUAGAACAAUUUUUGGAGUUACUCUCCGUAGGACGAGCAUUAAUUCUUCUGACAGUUAUAGUAGCAGAAAACAAACAUCACUUUCCAGCUUUUCUUCAGCAGAGGAACUACAGGGAGCAGGUUUUGAACAGGUCAGCCAUAAAAGUAGACACUCAUGGAGUACCAGCAAAGGUCAUCUGGAGACAAAAGUGAUACAAUAUGACAGUGAUCCUGAUGCACCUAAAAUGCUAAGACAAUCAUCAGUUACAAAAACACAUCAUGGAAGCAUGUUUGAUCUAUCUUAUAAGGAAUCGGAUAAAUUACGACAUCAGAAACAGUUCCAUAGCUCACUGGAUUUAUCUUCAGUUUCAAAGUCGGCAGAAGUCAAGACACGUGUAGAACUUGCUCAGGUGAAUACGCGAGAUGCUAAAAAUCCAACAAAAAUCCAAGGGAUGAACAAGCAGGUAGGAAUGCCAAAUGUCUCCAUAUUGUCUGGCUCAGCAUUUGCACCAAAGGGAAAAAGAACAAUGAGUGACUUCUUGAACAGCUACACAGGACAUAAAUCAUUACUUGAUUUGAAACGAAUAGAAGAAAAAACCGAGGAUGAUACAGAUGGCCGAAGAUCUAGAGAUGCUCGUAAGCAGCAGAGAUAUUCGGACCACCCAAAAGAUUCUUUUAAUAAGAAAGAUACAUUUAAGAUAUCGAAAUGUGAGGGAUCAUUACAAAGCACUGAUAGGGUUGCAGUUGGUAGUAUGGGGCAGCAAGACAACAGUGGUGAUAGAGUCAGGCAUAAGCAAACCAACAUAAACAUACCAUCAGUAAAUAAUCUCUCCCCACAACCACUCUUGUGCACUGAUUUAGAAAAUGCAGAAAAUAUUGAACAAACAUCAAGAAAUGACCAGAUAGCUAUACCAGUUUCUUUCAGUCCAGUGGUAGUUGAUGACAGUGAAACUAAAAAGUUGUCUGAUGAUCCAUCUGAUAAAAUAUCCCACAUAUCAGAUAUCACUGAUGAUGAUUCAUCCUCACAUACCUCAGAUGGCACAAACACAGGUACACUGACAAAUUUUACAGAGGAUGAUCAAUUUAUGAUAGAAUUAAAUGAAGCAUCUGUUUCAGCUUUUCAAUGUCAAGUGACCAAAGAUAUUCCAGCACCGACUGAAUCAAAUGAUAAGUUACCAAGUGUCAGCGAUUCACCUAUCAUGCUCAACAAAGGUAGUGAGAAGAAACCCAUAAUUAGCACAACAAGUGUUAAUUCCUUACAGAAACAUCGAAGUAUUGGAGACUUGUUAAGAGAGUAUACUAACAUAAGUUCCCUAGAUGAAAAGUCAGCAUUUAGCAAGACAAGGAUAUCUAGUAAUGUGGCAACAGAAUCAAACAAAACAAUCAUAACAAUUUCAGACAAUGAAAUGAACUUGCAAACCCAGGCUCCGAAGGUCGUAAAGUCCAUGGCCAGUGCUCACAAUGCAGUAGUCUCCCCUACCACAGCCAGUGUUCACAAUAUAGCAGUGUCCCCUACUAAAGCCAAUGCUCACAAUGUGCUUCCUCACAAUGUUCACAAUAUAGCAGUUUCCUCUACUAAAGCCAAUGCUCACAAUGUAGCAGGCUUCCCUAUAAAAUUGUCAACUGACCUUAAUAAAGGUAAUAUGAAUGUUGAAAGUUACAACCGUGAAGAAGCGACAGGGGAUCUAGGUGAUCAGAUUCAAACUCUGAAAAAUAAGUACCCUGAAGAAAACUGUCCCAAUACCACAAACGAGUGUACUGUCAUCAGAUUAUCAGGUGAAGAGGCACCACUAUCUGAUCCUGCCACAGCAGUAUACCAUGCAAGUAUUGUGUAUGUAGGAGACAAUGUCAAAGAUAACCAUAUUGAAGGUUCAGCUCUAAGUAGUGCCUCAGGUAAAACCUCCAGUGUCAGUGAAGAUGUCAAUGGUAAUGUCAGUGUUCUCAGUACACACAGUAAGCUUCCACCUUCUGAAGACAAUGUUGAUAGCAUAACAAUAAGUCACUCAAGGACAGAGAAGAAACCUGUCCCACAAUCACCACAGUCAGCUUAUCUUGGAAAGAGUUCGGUAAAUGUUGAUACAAUAAUCAGUUCUUCACUUGCAGAAGUACAAGAUAAUGAUGUUCAUAUUAAUAUUAAGAAAGAUAAUGAUUUAAGCACCACAGGCUCACAUGUAACCAUAAUCUCUGUUAGCAAAGCAGCCGACAGCUUCUCUCCGUCGCAAAAAUCCAAUGUUAUUUCUUCUUCAGCUGAAAAUUCAAGUGAUGAUGAAAUCCUGUUUGAUGAUCCAGUUGCUCUCACCAGGUUAAUAGUACACAACUCUCGUGUUGGCAACAGCAACAAAUUCAAACCACGCAAAAAGCUAGAUAUCAGAAAUGCAUCAGUUCCAGUGAACUCGCCGUUUUCCCCAAUAAGAUCAAAAUCUAUCAUUGGAAAAUUAGAAUUUGAAAGAUGUAUUACUGAAGACAGCCAACCAAACAAACUUGGUCCUAGAGACUCAUAUGAUGAAGGUGUGCACUCACAAUUGAGUGAUAUGGAAAUGACUCCCUCAACCACUUCCACAAAGUCAAAAUCGACCAGUAGUUUGGACAUCGCCUGCGAAGGACAUGAACCCAUGGUAGAGUGCAACUAAUGCGCACAAGUGCAUGAAUCAAAAUGGGUUCACAAUGAAUGAGGUUCACAGUUUAACAGCACGCAGUGUGCCUCGACAAUUUCGAGAAGGUUUGCGUAAUUCUCACACUACAGUCUUGAACGUUACAUCUAAGCUGCCAUCAUACCACAAUUCUCACUCACCUAGACGAGAUGCACCAUCU